AUGAGUUCCUCAAGUACAGAGUCCUUUAAAGUCGAAAUCUCAACUUUAUAUGACUAUUAUGAAAACUAUAACGACGCUCCAAAACCGUGCAGUAAGGAAAGCGUCAAGAGGUUUGCAGCCUCCUUUCUACCUCUUCUGUAUAUGCUCGUAUUCCUGGUUGGGCUAAUGGGAAACAUUCUGGUCAUUGUGGUCCUGUUCAAAUACAAGAGACUGAAAAGCAUGACUGACGUGUACCUGCUAAACCUCGCCAUCUCAGAUUUGCUCUUUGUUUUAUCCCUGCCAUUCUGGUCUUAUUUCACAGUAGACGAAUGGAUUUUUGGAACACCCUGGUGUAAAAUCAUUUCAUGGAUCUAUCUGGUUGGGUUUUACAGCGGCAUAUUUUUUAUUAUGCUUAUGAGCAUAGAUAGAUACUUGGCAAUUGUUCGUGCAGUGUUUUCCUUGAAAGCAAGAACUGCCUUCUACGGCCUGAUUACUAGCCUUAUUGUAUGGUUAGUAGCUCUUUCAGCCUCAAUUCCCGAACUUAUAUUUAGAGAAUCUUUUAAGGAACAAAAUUAUACUACCUGCAAGCCAAGAUAUCCAGGCAAUUUCACAACAUGGAAACUCUUUUCCACUUUGGAAAUCAACAUUUUAGGGCUCCUAAUCCCUUUUAUAGUGAUGGCAUUUUGCUAUUCCAUGAUCAUUAAAACAUUAGUUCACUGUAGAAAUGAGAAAAAGAAUAAGGCUGUGAGGAUGAUCUUUGCUGUCAUGAUUGUGUUUUUCUUCUUUUGGACCCCUUACAACAUUGUGAUUUUCUUGCAAUCCCUGGAAAUUACAGGAGUCUUUAGAAACUGUCAAGUGAGCAGAAAUCUUGACUAUGCUUUCCAGGUAACAGAAAUCCUAGGCCUUUUUCACUGUUGCCUCAAUCCAGUCAUCUAUUUCUUCAUGGGGGAAAAAUUCAAGAAGUACCUAAAGAUGCUCUUUAUGAACUGGCCAUUACCUGUAGAUAUUUGCAAAUGGUGUGGACUUCACAUCACUUACCACACUGAAUCUACCAGUUCAUUUCACACACAGUCUACUGGGGACCAAGAUGCUCUGUAAUAUGUUUCAGACCAAAUGCUGAACCUACCAGAAAGCAAACUGACAAAAGCUGAAACUUUAAAAAGCUAAGCAAGUGUACGUGCAUUUUACAGUAAGUUAGUGCCUCAUAAUAACUUACUUCAGCUUUGACUUCUGCCUCUAGAUUUUCUGAACAGAAUAACAGAAGGUGUCCUAGAUAUGUAACCUAGGAGAUGGACAUGCAAUUUUUACCUGCUACAAUUACCAGUCACUGCUCAGAUGUAAUAGCAGCCUCAACUUGCUGCAAAGCACUGUGCUGUGCUUCUUAUUUUUCACCAACUGGCCUGCAUGGAGAGGCAGAGGAGAGUGAGCUUCUUGUCAACAGCAAGUGCAUUUGGAAAACAUCUUUGUUUAUUUAAGGAGAAGGACGGUUAUUACCAUGUUUUUUGUUUUUUUUUUUUUUUUAAUUCUGCAAUUGAUCUGCACUGAACUUGUUCAUUCAAACUCUUAGUAACCUGUUACUGUACCUGCCACUGUUAAAUGUUUAUUUCAGGGAGAGGAUACACCCUCUCUUGUUAAGAAAACGCACUCAAAGCGUACUCUUUAGGUGCACGACGACUCAAAGCCAAUGCAUUACAUUGUGUUAUAAAUAUAGAUAUGUUUUCUCUUAGGUAUUCAAGUUGCCAUAUGUACCUAUGUGUAGGUAUGUAUGUAAGCAUUUUGAAUGACCUAAUUGCUGUAAUUCAGGAUGACCAUUCUGUAUUUUAAUGAACAUAGAAAAUGUUUUAAGUGUUUUUGAAUAAAAUGUUUUAAAAGUUUA